GAGGACAGGAUAAAAGCAGGAUCCGCUGCCGAAACACCGCACAUCAGUUGACAGUUGAGGAAAGUUGAACAGUUAGGCCUGACAGUUCUACUUGGAGAAAAAGGGAAUGUGUAGCGGUAACGAAAGUCAGUGUCUCAGUUUCCUCUCUGUUUUCCUGUGAAGUGCAGAAGGGACACACCCCCGAAGUGUUUCCUUUAUUUCAACGAUCGAUCAGACGUCAGUCAAGUUCAAGAUCAACGGCAAGAUUCGAAAAAUGUUUGACGUGGAGACAAUUACGAACCGCUUGAAAGGAGCAAUGAAGUCUCUCUUAGAAGGUUCUAAAACGGGCCCUGACUACUCGCUCAUAAUAGAGACUGAUUUUGAGCACGAGAAACACAAAUCCAAACUGGAUGAAAAAGACCCGAACAUGAACAACUACGGCGACUUCAGCGACACGGUGGAAUUCCAGAGUUGCCAGGGCAUCAUGUCGGAGAUAGAAGCUGCCGUCAAGGACACUUUCGAGAAAGAACUGAAGUGUCGAAUUAUUUUCCCCUCUGAGCUGAUGUCCCACAUUUCACAAGAUGUGAUCAGAAUGUCUGCUGCCGAGCCGUGCGGUGUUCGUGGCUGUGUCAUAAACAUUUUGUUGGCAGAGAAGGACAAAUCUCGUAAAGUUGCCACUGUGUUUGGAAAUUCAUCGACGAAUCCUACCUUUGAAAUCUACUUAACUUUGAGGGAAGACUGUCGUGGGUGGAGAAAAUUCCAGAAAGUGUUCCUUACCAUCAAAGGCUGCAUUCUCAACUCUCAGUGGACUGCCAUGCCGAAAAUUUUGUGUUCAGCGUACCAGUUGGAAAAACGCCGGUUGUAUCGGAGAGCGAACUGUGGUGCUCAGACAUGGAGUAACAGUGUGUAAAAAAAGGACAAUGAAGACAAAGAAGAAAUGGUGCAGUUUGCAAUGUUUUCAGAUCAAAUUCAGUUCACCCAUUGAUAAUUAUUGCAAGCCAAAUUGAAUUUUCAUUUCACAACAUAAUAUUCAUUCCAGUUUGUCCUAUUUUAUUUCUAAAAAUUUCUAAAAAGUUCACUUCAAAUUUACAGUUAACUUCUAUAUAUUAAUGUUUUGUUAAUUACUUUUUUUCUUUCUUUUGCUCGUGAUGGAUUUCCAUUUGAUGUGUGGAAUGUGCUGUGAAAGGUCGCCAUGCAGACGUCAUCUUUUAACCACGAAUCCUUGCCUCAGUGUGUUGUUUGAUGGGUCCUCCCUUCCACGUGUACCUUUUUUUUCUUUAUCCACUUUCUUCAUCCUGACCUUUCUUCUGUGGUUAUGUCCAUCUUGUCCUUUCUCUGUGUUUCUAUCAAGCUUGGGAAAAAUUCCUACACGCUUCCCCUCUGUGUUACGGUGGCCUUCUAUCAGCUCCUCAUUAUUAUCAACGUGCCAUUAACCCACUCCGCAAAUUGGUGCCGUUUGGGUAUUGUGAUGAAGAAUUUGUCAAAGAUUCUUUUAAAAAAGAUAUUCAAUGAAAAAUAUAACUCUAUGUGAUUUUAUUUUAUGUAGUUUACUGAAUCUCAAGUUUUUAACUUCUGGAAGAAUUGUACAUUGUAUGAUGAUAGUGAAACAGGUUGUGUGUAAGAGUAAAACAUCAAACCCGGCAAAUGCAUUCCAGGCUGUCCCACCACAUAUCAACCACACAAGUUCAUAUUGUGUAUCUUUCCAGAAAAAGAACACUACCAUUCCUUAGCGAAAGUGUCACAUUUUCACUUAUGCAAUGGGUGUUUCCACCAAAAUUGUCUCUUCAGUUUGAAAUAAGUGGGGGGGGGGGGGGGGGGAAAUGUGAUGAAGUAUUUUAUAAAUUUGUAAUUUUAUCUAAGAUUUAAACAAUGAUUCUGUAAACCAGACUGUGAUACACCAUCAAUUUACUGAUAAUGGUACCGCGGUUUUCUUUUUAUGCAAUUUCUAAAAUGAACGCUUCAAAUUUUCUGUGGACUUUUUUUAUAUUCUCUAGUUUGUGUUGGUUAACCCUUUGCCAGUCAGCUCCCUGUUUUAUAGUGCUGUGCUGUGUGUUGUUCUUUAUGCUUAAAGAUUAAGUUCACUUUUUUUCUGGCUAGAAUUUUUUUUUUUUAUUGGUACCGAACGCUGGCGAGAUUUUUGAACUAUUACGAUACUUUUGUAACGGAAUUCUUAGUUUUGGCCUAUAUCAAAACAGUAGUAUGGUAGCGUAUGUUUCCGGUCUUUCGCAUUGAAAUUUAAUGAAAAGACUUUUCAGCAAAUAUUGUGGUGUUGUCCAGACGCAAAGCAGACUUCAUGUUUCUAUCCCCUUUUAUUAUUCAUACUUAUUCAUCAUGAACUCCAAAGAACAGUUUUUCUAUGGAUCAACAGCAAAAGUCUUUUCUUACUUUCGGCUGGGCUGCCAUUCUCAAAACAAAAGCUAUUUUGUAACCUCACAGAUCACAUACUGGUUUGAAACUGGUAUUUUUCUAAAUGGUUUUCACAACGUAAAUAUGUACAAAAAUUCAUGUCAGAUGUAAACUAAACCAUUUGUCCAUCUGUCAUCAUAUUGUCGUUUAUAAAAAAAAGCGCUUGCAUUGACAUUUUAUGAUUUCUCAGGGUUACAGUCUUUGCUCUCUGCUUUCAUGUGUACAUAUUGUCCUUUUUUACAUCACCUUUUUGCUUGACACAUGUCGACACAGUCCAGUUACACGUUGUGUACAGAAGUUAUGCAAAUGACAGAUUGAUUUUUUUUCAACCUCGUCAUGAAAUGGAACAUUUACAACGAAGUAAUCACCCAGAAAUCCAUUAUAUCAUAGUGACUUGUUGGGAAAAAGUAUCUUUUUUCCUCUUCUUCUUUCUCUGUUUCCCCCUUUCUAUCUCUUUCUCUCCCUCUCUCUCUCUCUCUCUCUCUCUCUCUCUCUCUCUCUCUCUCUCUCUCAAUGCUUAUCUCUCUUUCUAUGCCUCUCUCUCACUCAUUUUUAUUUUCAUCUUUUCAUUCCUUUUGACAGCUCCGGAAAAGAUAGACAAUUAAUUCAUUAUAUUGUCUGUGGUUGUGACUCCCAGACAAACCAUCCGUCAGCCGUUCAUUUGUUCUAAGUCCAUUUCUUCUUUUUAUUUUGAAUAAAAAUGUUAUGGGUUGCGUAUGUUCAAGAAAUAUUUUAUCAGUGUCUCAAUAUAUGAAAAAACAUGAUAAAAAUAUACAUUGUUAGUACAUUUAUUUGUCAGAAGAAUGAGAUCGUGUUUUUUUUUCUCUCCAGAAAAAUUUUGAUUUCUGGGCGUAGUAGUCUACAUAUUAUAAGAACAGAAUGCCGACAAGAUAGGAAUAAUGCCUCCCAACAUUUAACUUGUGUGGGGGUUUUGUCUUGCUGGUCUGGUCAUGUAGGCCUACUUUGAUUGACAACUUAAGACUUAGGCACAUGAGUUGUUUUUGAUGGAUUCAUUUUUUUUUUUUGACAAUGACAAUGACUAUCUUUAUUCAUCUCACAGUGAGAAAUAUGUCUUGGUCUUAAGGGGAGGGUGGUUCUGGUUUUCUAUUUUUACUUACCGUACUUCAUUUUAAGCGUGGAAUAUCUUAAUUUAAUUAGCUUGGAAGUUUUCAUUCCCACUUGACUGUUUUGAAACUGAUACCCAGCACUUUCAUUGUGAAAAAAUAAUGAGGUAUUUCUACUUUACGGAUAUGGUUUUUAAUGUUCUUUGUCAUUUUCCCAUGUUUUAAGAACAAAAAUGUUAUCUCCACUAUGAAGUGCCUUUGUGAUCGUCAUGAUUUGAGCGAAACUGGGAGGUGUAUGUAUGUGAAUCCACACUGAAGGAGUAAUCUUGAUCAGGAUUUUAACGCCUUUUUAUUUCGCAAAUGAAAGACUGUGGGUGGUUGGCGGGUGCUCUGGCAAAAUGAGGGAGAAGACCUCGCCGAGAGUGUGAUUGUGUUUGUUUGAGUAUCGGUACCUGUACUAAUAUAUAUGUGUUUUGAUGUGUUGGUCUUUUUCCCUGACCUGCGAACGUGUGAUGUUUACUUUGCUCUUAUGUGCAAUACUGGACAAUUAUUACCAUUAAAAGUUUGUGAUAAGUUCUAUGAAAAA